AUGGCCAUCCCACAAGAUCGCGCGCAGCUCGAGAUCUUCAGUCCUGAGCCCCGCCUGUUCCUAGACGAUGACUCCGCGUUCCCCGAGGGAACCGUCAUAACGGAAGGCGAAGGAAGCACCAUACAUACUACCUACGUCAAGCAAAUCGACGGGCACUGGAUUGUUCAAUCCCCCGGCAACCAAAACCAGGGGAUGACGAACCUCCACCUCGCAGACAUCCAGUUGCAGGUUGGCGCAAUCGCCACGAUUUUCGACAUGAACUCGGGCAGGAUGAUCGAGUACAUGAUGGGCUUGGACGGCAUAUGGAAGCUCGCCCCCGCGUACAACUUGAACGCUGCGUUGGACGGCGCGAACCCCGGUCCAGGCCCGGGCGGCCCUCCCAGAGUCGAGGUUCUCAGCAGAGACGCAUACCAGACUCAACAGCCGAUAGAAUGCGUUCCUGUAGUCAAGUAUCAGUGCACGAGCCUGUCUGAGGUCCUGCGAAGCAAGGGGGCCUGCGUCAACGACGCAGAACGCGCCGCAUAUGACGGCGAGAAGGUGACGCGCGACAAAAUGUCUUUGCGCCUCGAGCUCCCGAAUCUGAAGUACAGCGGCGCCCAGUUGACGGUAAAGUCCGGGUCGGUCAUAACGCGUGGACAACUCGCCUUGUACAUCGCCCAGCAGAUAUUCAUCCUUAUGGAGAAUGCCCUCAAGCUCGAGCGCAAGCAUUUGACCCUUCAGGAUCGAAUGACCAGGGUCCAUUUUGAGCAGCUGGUGCUGAUGGACGUCGUCCUCACCUCGAAGGACAGCUGCCAGCCGACGAUUGGGGUGCUUUGCGGGUAG